AUGGUGUUCCUUGCCCUCCGAUCUCUGACGCUCUUUUAUCUUAUCGUUCUUUUUGCCAGCCGCCUGGCCAAUGCGAACCCCGUCGUGAAGCGCGAAAGCCGUACUUCUGCACCAACGGGUGCUGUUGUUGUGAGAGGUAGUGGAGCAGCGUCCGGGGAAUACAGCACAGUGCAGGCUGCCGUCGACUCGCUCGCUGACGAUGGGACUGACCAGGUUAUCUUCAUUUAUGAAGGUACCUACACUGAGCAAGUCUACAUCGAUCGCGAUGGUCAGACGACGAUCAUGGGCCAGACCUCUGAUACCAGUAGCUACGCGAGCAAUACGGUUACUAUCACUUAUUCGCUGUCUCUUGCCAGUGCGGAUGAUGAUGACUCGACUGGGACCUUGCGCGUACACAAGGACGACUUUGCUCUGUACAACGUCAAUGUGAAAAAUACGUACGGUGAAGCUAGUACUGAUGGUCAGGCACUGGCAUUGAGUGCUUACGGAACAAAUCACGGCUACUAUGGUGUGGGCUUCUAUAGCUAUCAGGAUACAGUGCUCGCACAAACGGGAAACCAAUUCUAUGGCUCCUGUUACAUCGAAGGAGCGGUCGACUACAUUUUCGGUCAGUAUGCACGGGCGUAUUUCCACCAGAACACGAUUGCUUCCGUGGGUGCCGGAGCAAUUACCGCAAACGGACGCUCAUCGUCGGAUGGAGUGAGUCUGUAUGUCAUUAACGAAUCGACUAUCACUACUAGCAGCUCGGCAACGGCGUCUCUUGAGGGGCUAGUGUUCCUUGGUCGGCCGUGGGGAGCAUAUGCUCGGGUCGUCUACACCUCCUGCUCGCUCGGAGAUUUGAUCAACAGUGCUGGCUGGGAGGAAUGGUCCAGCAGCGAACCCAAUACCGCCGAUGUCACCUUUGCUGAAUACAACAGUUCUGGGGAUGGGGCGUCUGAUAGUACUCGUGCAUCGUUUGGUACGAUACUGACUUCGACGAGCGGAUAUACGAUAUCGGAUGUUUUGGGUAGUGAUUAUGCGGAUUGGGUGGAUAGCGAUUAUCUGUAAUCUGUUUAGCGGAAAGCGAUACACAUGUUGGU